CAGCAAUUUUUGUACGAGUCCGAGCUCAAUUGGAGAAUUGCUAAAUUUUAUUUGACUUGUUUGGUUUUGGUUUUUUUUCUCCCCCAAAUGCAUUUCUGGCGUUGUAUCGGCGAAGAUUUUUGACGGGGCGAGGGGAAAAAAAAGUCUCCCACCGCUGCGUUCAAGAGGUUAAUUAAAACGUGGAUCGUUAGAAGGCGAACGCAAAUUUCAACAACAUCGAGACACGGGAGAAGUUUUUCCUCGGUCUUUUUCGAACGGGAAAAAAGGCGAAAGGAAGAAAAAAAAAGUUUUGAUAAGGACUCUGAUUGGAACAGGCCGGAGUCCCACGGCAACGCGACUCGCCCAGUCCCCCUGGAGAAUGAAGUUGCGGCCUCAGGUAGCCAGUCGGUGGACCAUUGGAAAAUUAAUCUUCGGCCCGGUUCGAGCUGAAAGGCUGUGAUUCCUAUCCUGGUGUAAAUUAUCCAAUUGAUAAUGGUCUUCACUUUCUUUAAUUGAUAAUGGACCAAAGGCAUUAUGUUGUUGUAACAAGUGAACAACAGCCGUUUAACGUUAGCGAGCAAGUGGGUAGUUCAGUUUGUGAUGGUUUGCAAUUGCAAUCACAGUUGUUAACAGCCCAAAACACAAUAACAAUACCAAUUAACAUUCAAAAUGAAGUUACAAACAUCGCAGAAACGACCGAACUGCAGCUCACACUACCACAAAUGGAAGAAUGUGCGACUCAAUUAUCCAUCGUUCCUAAUAAUAUCAUUGUUCCUGUUCAACAAUAUCAACCAGGUGAGACUAUUAUAUUAAGUUCUGCAUUACCGACUUUUCCCAUUGCCCAAGUUUCAACAAGCAGAAUCAUCUUUACACCAGAAGAUCUUGGAAUGACUAAAGAGAGUUAUUUGGUUACUACUACCAACGGUGAUAAUAAUGUAAAUACAGACAAUUCGAUCACUAAUUCUACAUCUACACAAGUGACUGUUGUUACACCCGACGGUGAGGAAAAGGAGAUAGUAUUUUGCCAUUCGCCUGAAAAACUUAAUGUUCCGUACAUUUUAUACAAGGUGUGUAGGUCAAUCGGUAUAGAUGAUACCAUGGAAGGGCACAUGGAUUGUGAAUCUGAGGAGGUAAGGGAACAAAGGAAACAACAAAUGCAAGAUUUAUUCGUACAAUGUGAACAAGAGGAAAAGAUGGAAUCGACUAAUGAUAAUCAGAAACCCUUAAAAGCUAAAAACAACGGUGUAGUCUACUGCAGUUUGUGCCACGUUGUCUCGAAGGAUGACAAACGAUGCCAUCAGUGCAGGAGGGCACUUUCUAGAAGUUCACUGACUGAAAUAAAAAUGUUUAAUGAAAAUUCAAAGGAAUUCGAAGUUAAAAAAAGAAAAUGCCCUAGAAAACAUAAAAAACCUGAUGAACCUGUAUGUCUAACAAUAUCAUCGGAUGAGGGAGAGGGCGAUGAAGAGAAAGACGAGACGUUAAACAAUGGGAAAAGCAUUACUGAAGAAAAUGAUCAUUUAACUUCCUUAAGGUUAAAAGAACCAAUCAUUACAGAAACCACUGAAGCUCCUAUGCAGACUAGAAUUGAAGGUGGUGGAGUAGAUUUAACUGAAUUACUUGAUUCUCCUGUGCUAGAAAAAGCGUUACUGCAAUGUCGAACAGUACGAAUAGGAUCUUAUAAAGUAUUCCCUAAGGAAAAGCUAACCUUAAACGAAUAUGGAAUAAAAUUUAAAGUCCCCUCUAUGAAUGGAGAGCAGACAAUGGUAAAAAUCUUGAGGACAGAUAUAGUGAAGGUUCUGGCCCAUUUUGGAAACCAGAUGCCCGUUUUGUUUUAUUACACGACAAACGGUGCUGGCAUUAAAAUCCGCAACGCGCUCCAAAUGCCGCACAAACCCGAAUCCAUUUACUUCGAUCCCACAAGCACAGUUGAGAUGCACCGGAGGAUAACCCUUUUGCCUGAUAAAAUACCUGGUGACACUCGAUUAUUCAUUAAAAGUAUUUAUGACGGGCAGUGCUUGUUGGACGAACUGUCUUCUAAAGAAGCAAAUGAAAUUCUUGUUAAAACAGUUCCUAAAGAGAUACCUUCACACAUGGCGACUAGGGCAAAGGACAAUUUCCAAGGUGCUUCAUCUGGUUCAUCUGCAGUCGUUCCAAAGAUCCAAACCAUCAUGGUUUAUCCCCCACCACCAACCAAAGGAGGCAUCUCGAUAAACACUGAAGAUUACGCUUGUCUCGGUGAAGAUCAAUUUUUAAAUGACGUCAUCAUUGAUUUUUACCUGAAGUGGCUCUUCUUGACAAAACUUUCUCCAGAAGAUCAGAAGAGGACUCACAUUUUCUCCUCUUUCUUUUACAAAAGGCUGACGACCAAAGCGUCGCCAGGCGGUUUUAAUAAAUACCAAGACGAUCCUAAACUCAGUCCUGCUGAAAAGAGACAUGCAAGAGUUAAAGGGUGGACCAAAUCAGUCGAUCUGUUCUCUAAGGACUUCAUUAUUAUUCCUAUAAAUGAAAACUGUCAUUGGUUUCUUGGCAUUAUCUGUUUUCCAGGUCUUACUCAUGCUGUCAGGUUGUCUGACAAUAUUCCUAUCAGCAUUCCUUCAAAGAGAAGUACCAAACGCCCGGUACCAUCGAUGAUCGGUGCUACAACAAUAACAGUGGUUCAAAGUGAGCCUAUGAUAACCGUUGAAGGUGAAGAAGAAGAACGUGAUGAAGCAGACGCUGAUGAUGAGGACUUAGAACCAAAUACAAGUGACGAUGAAGGAAAAGAAAGUAGUCAAGACGGAACAGAACUUAUGGAUGAAGCAACACCUAGAUUGACACGUUCUAUCAAAAUGGAACCAGAAGAGCCCAUCAAACAACCUUGUAUCCUGAUAUUUGAUUCGCUUGCUGGUGCUAGUAGGUCACGGGUCUGCGCUACACUUCGGGAAUAUUUGCAAGUUGAGUAUAAUUUGAAACACAAGGGUAGCAAAAGGGACUUUUCAAAGGACACAGUGAGAGGAGCAGUACCGAAAGUGCCUCAACAGACCAAUUAUACUGAUUGUGGUCUCUAUGUCCUUCAGUACGUUGAAGCAUUCUUUAGUAGGCCGAUCACAAAUUUCAAAAUGCCCAUAAAAAUGCUGAAGGAGUGGUUCCCAACCGAUAUCGUCGCCCGAAAGAGGUACGACAUUCAGCAGCUACUCCACAAGUUGAUGGAAGAGCAGAAGGUUGACAUUUCAAGGCUAAAUUUGCCUCAGCUGAACCUCCAUCCUGACGGAGGUGGAAACACUUCAUUAGUCAAUUACUCAGACGAAGGUGAUGAAUUCAUGGAAGAGUGUGACGUGGCUGUCGAGGAGGGUGAAAUUGAAGACCACGAACCGACGCUCGGAGCAAUGGCGAUGGCGGAGAGUGAAAUUGAAGAUGAGGAGGAAGAGCAUUUCGAAGAGGAUGAACUAGAAGAAGAAGAAGAGGAGGAGGAUGAGGACGAUAGAGGCAUAAUUGCACCAGAAAUUGUAAUGAAGAGAGAAAUCCCCGAUAAGAAAAUCGUAACUGUCGGCGUCCCUCAAAAGCCUAACUUGAGCAACUUAGGCGAAAUAACGAUCAGCAGUACCAACAUCUCCGCUUCUGCUGCUAUCGGAGUCAAACGGAAAAUCACACCCGGUACGUUGAAAGAAGUCCGGAACCCCAGGCUUUCGAGGCAAACGACUCCCGAUAAUAAAAAGAUGCGUUCAGAUUAGUGAAAGACAACCUUCUUCAAAAAGACUAUAAUACGUUUAACAAUUAUUUUUAUAGUUAUCCUCCCUAGUGUUUAUAUAAUUUCACAAAUGAUGGAUUUUUAAUUUGGAAAAUUUAGAUAACAUCAAACAAACAAUGUUUUCAAGCCGUAUUUAUAUGUAAUGGUCAAGUAUCCUAGAUUGUAAAUAUUUAAACUUGCUGUAAUGUUACAUUGUUUUAUUUUAAUUUUCCCACUUAAAUAUCUAUGGGUGGCUGCAUUCCAUAUAUUUAUAUUUGCUUUUUAUCAUUUAUAAGCGGUAUAUACAUAAUUUUUGAGUUUAUACGCUUGAGAAAAAUAGACGUAACACAUAGGUGUAUUUCCCAUCAGGUUUAUUUUAUUUUUAAUAAUUAAUUGUAAAUAUAUGUAGUUGUGAUAUAUUAAAAAAUCUGGUAAAAGAUAAUAAGAAAAAAAAUGCAAAACAAUAUGUAUUUUGUUUGUUUGUCAUUGUGAAUAUAGAUCUCUAAGUCAGUUGAAAUAAACUGCUAACUUACAACAUACUGUAUAUCUGUACAGAAAACAUUCAGAAAAAUUAAAAAUUGAAGUAAUAAUUUCUCAACUUAA